UAAAAUUUACUAUUUUUGUUGAAUUUUACCUAUUUCUUUUUGCAUAUCCUUUUAAAUACUCCAUAACUAUAUAUAGCAAAACUUACAAAAAUUCGUAUCAGAAUAUCACCAAUAAAUUGCGAAAACUAUAUAUUUGGCCGACUUCCUAAACGCAAGUUGCGAUGUAUAACUCGAAAAAAUGCGUAUGAAAUGCAAAGCUGAUUCUCAACGCAACUAUGCGUUGCAAAUAAAUGCUUUGCAUAUAAAUGACGUUUAGGAACGUCAUCGUAAAACUCAUACAUAAAACAUUUGUCAAAUAAUGACUGUUAUUACAAAUAACGAAAUUUUGAGUUAAUAUGGACGAGAGAAGAAAUUAUUCAUUAAAUUUAUUAGCAAAUGCUGAAGAAUUAGCUUUAGCUUUAGCUAAUUCUUCAAAUAUUAAGUUAAUAAAAAAACUAAUUGAAAAGAAAAAAAGAAGCGGCAGUUUUUAUUAAGGACUUUGAAUUUAGCAAGAAGAAAGGUGGUGAAAAAUAAAAAUUUUUGUGGAUCUAUUGUAUUGAUGGAAGACGAUAUAUUUUAUUCCCAUUUUCGGAUGCAAAGAAGCACGUUCAAGAGGCUGAUGACUAUGCUACAACCAAUGUGGACCGAAUCAUCAACAGGUCGUACUGCAGUUUCCAUGGAAAAGUCAUUGUAUUUGACAAUUUGGAAGCUUGCCAAUAAUACAUCAUUUCAACAAAUUAGUGACAGAAUUGAUGUAGGAAUGGGCGCCACUUAUAGAGCAUUUAUUAAAAUCCUCAAACUUAUAUGUCGUCUAAAAUCGACAAUAAUAAAAUUUCCAACUACUACUGCAGCUCAAAAAAAGAUCGCUGAUGGGUUUUCUCAACGUCGCCACAAUAUAUUUCCUUUUGUAUUAGGAUGCAUUGAUGGAACGCACAUUUCCAUAUCACAACCAAAAAACGUUGCAAUAAGUUUCUAUAACAGAAAAGGGACGUUUUCCAUCACUGCACAGGCCAUUGUUGACAGCGAUAUGAAAUUUCUGGACGUCUUUGUCGGCUGUCCCGGACGAUGUCAUGACGCAUCAGUGUGGCAAAGGGGCCCAUUUCGUAGAGCACUAGUAAGCGGUGAAUUAAAAAUUCCACCAAAUCACCACUUCUUAGGCGACGCAGCUUAUCCGCUAGAAACGUUUCUCAUGGUGCCAUAUCGGGAUAAUGGUUUUUUAACAUCGCAGCAGAGCAAAUUUAACACUAUUUUAAGCACUAACCGAGUUUUUGUUGAACAGGCGUUCGGGCUAUUAAAACAAAAGUUCAGAAUUUUAAAAUUUAUUGGUGUACAGCUCGCUCAUAUUCCAAAAAUUAUUGUAUUAACGUACAUGAUAAUACAUAAGAUUAUAAUCAAUGAAGGUCAGAAAAACAUUGAUUGCAUAGAAUUGGACGAAGAGGAGGCCCAAACAUCUGAAGUUGGUGUUCCAUCAUUGCAAAGAGAUGAAGCCCAACAAAAACGAAUUGCCCUGGUAGCGCUGUUUUCAAGCUGAAUUA